GAUCAGCACGUGGAUCGCCCCAGCCUCUGCCCACAGCUACCAUGAAGGUCUCCUCCGCUGCCCUCGCUGUCCUCCUGAUGGCGGCCGCCCUCUGCGCUCCUGCGUCUGCCUCCCCAUAUGCCUCGGACACCACGCCCUGCUGCUUUGCCUACCUCUCCCGCCCGCUGCCCCGCACCCACGUCCAGGAAUAUUUCUACACCAGCAGCAAGUGCUCCAUGGCAGCAGUUGUCUUUAUCACCAGGAAGAACCGUCAGGUGUGCGCCAACCCAGAGAAGAAGUGGGUGCGAGAGUACAUCAACAGUUUGGAGUUGAGCUAGGGUGGAGGACGCCUUGAACCUGAACUUGUGCCAACUCUGCUUCUCGCUCUUGUCCUAAGCAGCUUGGGAGGCUCCCCCGCAGUGCCCUCCUCCCACCCUCUUCUGGGAGGGCAUGAUUCCACCCCACGCAGCAGCUGCUCUGCUGUAAAAGCCCCCCAGGGCUCCUGGGCCUCUGCCCUCACGCACAGAAGGUCUCUAAGCUCCGAGCUCCAGAGCCCCUGCCCAGCCACUGCUCUGCAGUUAG